GUCUCUAAUUCACGUCUGUUGGUGAAAAUACAGCUGACAACCUUUCCAAAUUAUUUGGAAAUCGUCUGAUAUUAUGGCGGGCUAUAUUUGUGGAAGAAAUCCGGCGUCUUUUUCUGACAGCAGUUUUUCUUCAUUUGAUGAAGGAAUUUCCUAUCAAGCGAGCAAAUGUCAUAUUUUAGAUCUUCCAGAUGAACUUUUAGUGAGAAUAUUUGGAUAUUUUCUCCCGGUUGAAGAUCGGUUACCUUCGCUGGGUCUUGUUUGUCGGAAGUGGAAACGUGUUCUUUCGUAUUCUGGAUCAUUGUGGCGCAUACUCUAUGUCAACCCAACACCAAACGCACAUAUUCACUAUAGUUUAAUCAGUACAAUAUUAAAACUAUAUGGACACCAUGUUCAUAAACUAAUAUGGAGAGAUAAUUCGCCUGUAUAUGAAAGUAUAUUUUCUCUCAUUCAAAACUUGGUGAAUUUAAAACAUCUUAGACUGCCUAUACUAUGGAACAGUUGUAUUGUGGAAAGUUUGAAAGGCUUAAAAGAUCUCGAAGCCGUCCAAUUAAAUGGUGGAUUUUCUCUGGUAGAUUCUGACCUAGAAAAAAUAGCUGAGUAUUUCCCAAAACUUCGUGAGGUAUCAUUAAACGCCUGUUGGGGUAUUACGUCAUCGGGGGUAGUGACGUUAUUUAGAAUGCUCGAAAAUCUUCAGAACGUUAAUCUAAAAAUAAACUCGGGGUUACCCCUAGAAGAUCCGCGUAGUGAAGAUUCUAUGAGAGAAGGCGCUAGAAUUGUACUAGCUCUACGAUAUACUAUAUUCGCUUCCAUGAUAGGGGUGUUAUGUUUGCAUUUUGUUCCAAUAGAAAUGGACGAGUUAUGGGACGUGGUAAAUAAAAUGACGAACUUGAAGAAAUUAAGCAUCAGCAACUGUGAGAAUCUUCAUGGAAUUCGACUGGUGUCUGAUUCCCUACAGAAAGUGUGUUUAUAUAAUCUAUGGAAUGUGCUGUUUGUUAGUAUUGAUGGUACGGACUUAAGAAACCUCACAAUAGACGGUGGAAUGGAGUCGAUGGAGCAUUUAGAAAUCUACGCUCCCAAGUUACGGCGAGCUGUUGUCAACGGUAGUAAUAUCCUACGCACGGUCGGCAUUAGAAGUAAGAAAUUGUCCAUGUUGGAAAUGUCAAAUUGUGAGGAAUUGGAACUGACGAGUUUUAGAGAUCUGUUGAAGAUGAAUUCCACGCUAAUGAGUUUAAAAUUAGGCUGUGUAUCUCAGGACAGCCUGUUAUUGGACGAGUUGAUUAUUCCAAAUUUACAGGAACUUUGUCUUUUAGGCGAUUUUUCUUGUGAAGCUCUCCAUAUACGCAGUCCGACUCUACGUCUAUUUCAUACUGAAUCGGAGACGGAUAUCAUUACGUUAAAUCAUGUCUACAUUACGGCUAACCACCUUUGUAAGGUGGCUAUGGUCGGAAUGCCUGCGUUGAAGACAAUGACAGUACAAUGUGUUAGUGUGGACUCCAUAGAGCUAAAUCUGUGUAGUGACGAUCAAUUGUUGUUGGACUCGUGUAUCAUCCAGGCAUUAGGAUCCAUCGGAUUUCUACGGUUAUUUGACUGUAAGCUAAAUCUUCUGUCAGUCAGUACGCCAUUAGCACGUACAGUCGUUCUUUAUAGAUGUCACGUGUCAGAUUACGUCUUACAAAUGGCGCUUAAUGGUUGUCCUAAUAUUUCAAAUUUAAAUCUAGAAAAAUGUAAAAAUAUUAAACAGAUUUCAAUAGAGGCACCGCCUUUGAAAUUCCUGAAUAUGUUUGGAUGUAGAGAUAUUCAUAGACUGGACUUAGAUUGUCCAGAACUUAUUGCUCUGAAUAUUGGACAAUGUCCGAAUGUCCGGUUAUUCAUUAAAGGCAUAGAACAAGAGUUAUCUGAUCUUGGUGGAAUUGUGAUGCCUUCAGAAUCCGUAAGGUGGAGCCACGAUUUCCCGCCACAGGUCUAUAUGUGCAGUUGAUGGUAAUGGGGUUUAGGUUUAAAUGUUUUUUUGCUUGUUGAAUUUUAGGAAAUUUUUUAAUUCGUUUAUUUUCUUUAAGAAAUAAAAUUGGGAAACGCUUU